AACAUUGACAGUGGAUAUAUUGUUGAGCAUUAGCUUAGUAAAAUUAACCAAAUGAACCUCAUAACUUUUUUGUUCUUAGUCGGUGCUUUUCGAACGGCUUUCGUGGAAUCAGGCAAAGUUAAGGAAAUGUGCCUUGCACAAGAGGGAGUGACCGCCGAAGAAGUUAAAGCCCGACACCACCAGGAAAUUCCCGAUCCCAAAGUCAAGUGUUUCUUUCGAUGCUUCCUUGAAAACAUUGGACUUCUUGCCGAUAAUGAGAUUGUACCUGGUGGGUUCGCUAAGGUUUUUGGUAAGAUACUUAGCGAUGAAGCAAUUGAGCGAAUGGAACAAGAUUGCAACGCGAUCAAGGCAGAUCCAAAUGAACAAGACCCGUGUGAAUUCCCAUGGCUUGUAUCUGCGUGCUACGAAGGAUUGAAAAUAUCAGACCUUCGUCCACAGCUAAAAGAACUACAUCAUCACUCGAGAUCAGGACAUCAUCACUCAAGUUCAGGACAUCAUCACUCAAGAUCACAUCGGCAUCAGCCAAUAUCACAUCGGCAUCAGCCAAUAGCACCACAGAUUCAACCAAGAGUCCGAAGGCAAAAGGGGUAGUAUUGCAAAUAUUAUUACUUUGUAUAUAUAAAUUAAAAAUUAUAAGCAAACGACAAAAGCGCUGUACAAAGCAUUUAACGCUAUCUAAUAUAUUUAUCAGAUUUACCAUAUAUUUUUGUCACUGCAAAUAAUUACAAAUUAUUCAUGGUUAAAUUUUUAUUGUGCGUCAUAAUUACUUGUGUUUAAACAAUGAAUUACGUGCCACUCUUUUUGGUCUUUUUUUGAAAAAUAUUUGUAAAUACUUUCCCUAUUUCUUAAUAAUUUUAUUUUAUUAAAAAAUUCAAGAUGAAUUCAAGCGAAAUAACGAAA